AUGAGACGAUCCACUCCUUCUACUACCGGUAGCAGCCACCAGACGUCUUUGGACCAAGAAGAACCACAAUCUCUAAUAGUGCCCAACGCGAGACGCCGAGAAAUUUCUCGUUCGACCCAUGGUUGGAUUGCAGUGGCAUUUGCCGUGGUGUGUGUAUGGACGUUAGGGUGGGAGACGGCUCCGACCACGAUUGCGACGGGUUCGGAAAUUAAAGCGAUUGACGUCCUGAACGUGACGGCCGUCCUUGUAUUGCAUGGCACUGCCACAAGUAUUAGUCAAAAAAAGAAUUUGGACCGUCUGUUACCGACGCUUCUGGACCGCGAGGAAAUCCAGCAAGUGAUUCUUCUACCCAUUGACGACACAACAACAACAACAACAACGACAACCAAUAGAAGCAGCCCGUCGUACAUGACCCACGAGAAUCCCAAAGUGGAAGUCUUCCAUCCCAAGCCAGUGCAAUUGCAACGCAUGGGAACCAGUACUCGGUUUUGGGUGGCUGGAUACAAGUCCCAUCAUCCCUAUGUGCUCGUGAUGGAUGCCCACAGUAUACAACGAAUAGGCAAUUCCGCAUUGGACCAACUAUUUCGAGAAUACAAAACCAAUCCCUAUCGCAUUGUCGGUUUGCAAGGACGGUCUCACAGCUCCUUUUGGGGCAUGUUGACGCACGGUUACACAUCCACUCCGACAAACGGCCCCACCGAAGUCAUUUUGGGAUCACUCGCCUUGAUGGAAAAGGAACUGUGUCACAAUUUUCACUUGCGAAGUCACGUACUCGACAAUCAGUAUCAUGCUCAUACAAGUACAGUUGAUGCAGACGACCAACAAGAAUCAUCCUCCAUUCUUCUUCCUCCUGACGCGCAGAAUCUGAAAUGGAAUUGGGCCGACGACGUGUUCAUGAGUCUCGUCGCCAAUUUCCUAUACGGAUCCGAUGCCUAUCCAGAACCCAUUCGGAGCUGGGCCAAUGCGGGGCGCAACAAUUAUGCCAUGCCGGGGUUGGAUGUUACACUUAGCGCUAGCGCCAACAAACAAAAGUGGGCACCGUCGGAUGCCACCAUAAGGGCGGAUUGGACGUAUCGGGGCAAGUUGUGGAACUUGGCUGUGAAAAACUUGCAUACGUAUUCCAUACGAGGGGAUUAGAGAAGAGUUGGUUUGUAUGCUAGCUAGGUACCAGGUAGGAGAGGAAGCGCUCCACGAAACUAUCGCCGCGAAAGCAUGCAUGCAUGCCAGGAAGAAGUAACUCGGACUCAACAAAGAAAUCAGAAUCAGUCCACCCGACAACCGAACCGGACAGAAGGAACCUUUUGGACAACGUUUCGAUGUAUAUAUUAUCAUGACAGCCACCGGUCCAAUGAUAUACAGUACGCAUACAUUGGAUCCUGCAUGGUGUCCAUCAUGGGUCUUCCCAUUCCAGGGCCAACCUCUGUAUCUGAGAUGCUGGUCAAUCCUCAGAAACACUCAUGGAAUGACAAUGACAACUAUGUCUAUAGCUAUACCAGUGCUAAAGUUUGCAACUAGCUAGCUAUCAACCGGUAGAAAAAUCUUUGUCCUAGCCAUCAACGGACAGUUGCCAUCACUCUCUUUACUAGA